AUGAAAAUUUCAACACAGUCCUCUGUGCCGGUAUACACCAUUUCCGGCUCUUCAACUGCGCGGCCUCUUCCAGAAUGGCUUGCCCGGCGGAGGAAGCGCAGUCUGAAAAACGACCCGGAAUUCGCAAAUCGAGUGGAACUACUGCAGGACUUUGAAUUCGAAGAAGCGAGUCAAUGUAUCCGUGUCAGUGAAGAUGGACAAUGGGUGAUGAGUACAGUGUCUCUAAAUACCACUUUUCUUUUGCUCUCCAGUGAUUACUCAAAGUCCCUACAUCUGCAGGCAGAUAGGUCCCUCGAGUUUCAUACACCGUCAGGAUGCCACUACACCAUGAGACUGCCGCGCUAUGGGCGAGAUCUGUUAUACGAUAGACAAUCCACCGAAGCCCUCGUUCCUGCUGUAGGGGUCAACCAAGAUGGGCUUGGCGAAGUUUUUCGAUUGAAUUUGGAAGCCGGUCGCUACAUGCGCAGCUACGAAGUCGACGUAGGUGGAGACGAUUACACAUCUGCCGGCGGUGGCGCAUUGCAGGGCGGUAUCAAUACUGGUGCCGUUAACACAGGUGCUAUUGCCGAGGAAAGCCAUAAUCUGCUCGCUUUCGGAACAUCGACAGGUACAGUAGAGCUAUGGGACUCGAGGGCCCGAGGUCGGGCCGGGAUUUUGCUGCCACCAUCACAGUCGCAGCCUGGAGAAGCUCGACAUGAGAUUACUGCAUUAGAGUUCCAUAGAUCUGGUCUUACGCUGGGGACAGGAUCGUCAAAUGGUCUUAUUCACUUGUACGACCUACGGUCGCCCGUUCCGUUCCUAAAGAAAGAUCAAGGCUAUGGAUAUCCUGUGCACACGUUGAAAUUCCUCCAAUCAUCCUCCAACGCACGCGACCAGACAAUGGAACCUAAGAUUCUUUCGUCUGAUAAGAGGAUAAUAAAAAUAUGGGAUCCGCGGAACGGAACACCAUGGACCUCAGUCGAGCCGGCAGUGGAUAUCAACAGUGUCGCCUGGUGCCCGGACAGCGGAAUGAUAUUGACAGCAAAUGAAGGCAGGCAGCAGCACGCAUUCUUCGUUCCCCAGCUUGGUCCUGCACCUAAAUGGUGCUCCUUUCUGGACAAUCUCGUGGAGGAGAUGGCGGAAGAUCCUAACGAUCCGCAGGCUUUCACGGGCGGCCAGACGUCAUCUGUCUACGACAAUUACAAGUUCUUGACAGUACCUCAAUUGCGAACGCUGAACCUAGAUCAUCUCAUUGGCAGGACGAAUCUGCUGCGGCCAUACAUGCACGGUUAUUUUGUGGCUCAACGUCUUUAUGAGGAGGCUCGCUUAAUCACAAAUCCAUAUAUCUGGGAGGAAGAGCGUGCCAAGAGAGUGAAAGAUAAAAUCGACCAAGAAAGAGAAAGCCGCAUCCGAGGAAAGAAGAAGGUUGCCGUUAAAGUCAACAGAAAGCUGGCUGAGAAGCUUCUCGAGAAAGCAGAGAAGGCAGACAGACGUAAUGCCAAGCGUGUCCUGGAGCAAGGAGGCGAUGAAACAAUGGCCGAAGCAGCAGCUCCUGAGACAGCAGAAAGCACCACCAAAGGCUUGCUGGGUGACAGUCGUUUCCAGAAACUUUUUGAAGACGAGGAAUUCGCUGUGGAUGAAACUUCGCGAGAAUUCCAAAUGCUCAACCCUAGCACUGCUGUUGAGAAACCCGAGAGGAAGGAGCGUGGUUUGACGGCCGUGGAACAAGAAGCUGUGGAUGAACUUCCAGGUUCUAGUGACGACGAGGAUGACGGGUCCGAGAGCGACCAAGACAAAAGACCAUCCAAACCAGCAGAAGAAGAGAUCUCCUACAGACGCAGUAGGAAACCUUACACGAAGAUGCAGGUAUCAUCCUCAUCGGCAGUAACAAAAGAAAAGGGAGGACGAUCAGGCCGGGAUCGGUCCUUCGGGUCACUUGCUCAAAAGAUGAGCAACAGCGGUAAGAUCAACAAAGACAACAAGAAGAGGACAAUGCGACGUGGUGUGGUUGGUGAACAAGAAAUCACUUUUGCACCGUCGACUUCAAGAUCGAAAUCACAAAAUCAGCAGCCUCGAUUCAAUGAGUCUAGAGAUUCUUCAGAUGCUAGCUACAGAAACAAGGCGCGACGAAGUGCAUCGGGGAAUACAUUCCGGCGGAUGUGA